UCAUUGGUCAACAGAAACUAUUAGAAAUAGGAAAAACAUUUCCAGUGGUUUACGGUUUACAGCACCAGUAAUACCUAUUUUAAAGAAGAACUGUGGAUGUUCCUCUUUCCGCCUACAGGCAGGAUGAUUAUUAGACACCCCCAGAUGUUGUCAUAUGCUAAAAUGAUGGUCUUUUAUCUUGUUUUGUGCUCAGUCUUUGUACACGUCAGGUGCGUGACUGUACCGUCUGAAAGAGUGAGGAUGAACUGCAGCGCACAGGGCCUGAGAAUUAUCCCUCAACUUCACUCCAGCAUCACAGAACUGCUGCUGCAGAACAACCUCCUGACCACCGUAACUCCAGGGCAUUUAGACAUGCUCCACAAUCUUCAGCUGGCCAAUCUAUCUGGGAAUCCUUUCCACUGCGACUGCAGUAUCCUGUACUUCAGACAAUGGCUAAAGAGGAAUAAAGCCAUCUCUGUGAUGCCAGUGUGUGCCAGUCCUUCAGAAUUAGCCCAGAGGCCCAUUGAUGAGCUCACUGAUGCUGAUUUAUCUUCCUGUGUCUCUGAUGACUGCUCUGGAUGGGUUUAUAAUGCCAUCUUAUGCUUAAUGCUUUGCUUUUUCAUCGGUUUGCUGCUGUGGUGCAUGCAACUAGCGAGAAACUCUGCCUUUAUUCUGGGAAUCGAUGCAAGACACACUGGAUUUGAGGCAGAAUCUCUCCGAUCACUUAAACCCAAACACAGAUUGAGGAUGAGAUGCAGUAUUGGGUCACUGAGCCCAGGAACUGAUGACAUUGACAAGCCUUUACUCAACAUGGAGAUUCUCCCUCAGAUACUGGACGUCCUGCACAAGCAACACAACAUCAAGAUCAAAGUACCGUGAAAAACCGUACACUAAUGCCUUCAUUGCUUGUGCGUAGUGUUAUUGUAUACAAUAUGUAACAUGGACUGAGAUCAAAACUUUUGUGAGUUCUCAAAUCUUGCCAGUUACAUUUAUUUAUACUUUUGCUCUGCAAGGUGGAUUUUUGUCAGUAUACUGUGGUAAAAAAUAAAAUAAAAUUAAAAACAACCUCUAUUGAAAUACAAAUUAAUUGAAAUAAUUAAAAAAAGUAUUUAUUUUUGCUACUUGCCAAGACAACAUUUCUCAUUUUAGUUUAGUUUAACUUGAAGUACUCAAAUAAAUAAAACUAUAACUGAAAUAAAAAUGAAUAAAAAUCAUAUCUACAUAUUUUAUUCCCAUAGAAACCUGAGACUUGUGCUUAGGACCUGCACAUGCACAUUGGCUCAUCUAGCCUGAAAAAUACGCUUUUUAAAGCUAUUUGAGCAUAAGAAACAACAUUUAUGGGGCAGUUCAUGUCAGAUUUCGUUGCUGAUUUGAAAUAUGUUAUUUAUUUGUGAGUUCGCCAAGCAGGUUUUGAGAUUUUAGGAUUACCCCAUUCAAAAAGAUAGGACUCGGUCUUGGAUGCCUGAAAUAGCUGCCCGGGGGCAUUGCAAAUGGCCACUGAGUGAACAGACUUUCCUUGAAAGAAACCUAAUUUAACUUGAAUUAUUAAAAUGAAAACAGAAAAUAUACAAAUAAAAACUAAUUCAAAAUAUUAAUAAAACUAUAAUAAUUUUACAAUGAUACUAACACUGCUCUAAAUGGGACACAGGUAGAAUAGCCAGUGUGGGGUCACUUGAAGUGUUUUAUCUGUAGAGGCAGAAAACAGCACAAUAAAACAAUACAAACAUUCUUCUCCAUUUUCAGUUUCUUUUAAAUGGUUAGAUCCAUUAUCUGCCCAACAACAAAUAAACAGAAACAAUUGUUAGAAACAUCUCGGUUACUCAUGUAACCCUGGUUCCCUAAGAAGGGAACAAGAAGCUGCGUCAUGAGCUGAUGGCAUGGGGAAGGCCUCCGGCAUGAUGGUGUCUGAAGCAUGUGUGUAAUCGCACUAAUUCUAUUGGCAGGUUAUGAUGAUGUGUUGGGUCACCAACACCAGAAGAUGGCAUCUGUGUCAUCACAUCUUCAGAUUUUCUUGUCUGAAGGAAGAUGCACAGGCAUGGCUGGAGUAUGGCAACGAGACACAGCACCUCAUUCCCUACUAAGGGAACCAGGGUUACAUGCGUAACCUUUCGUAGGAAAUUCAAUGCUGCGUCAUGAGCUGACACUAUGGGGAACUGUGUACCCACUAUGCCAUACUGCAAAAUGCCUGCCCAACAAAACUGUAAAAAGCAAAGCUUGCACAAGUUUUGAAUGCAAAUCAAAAGGAUCUUAGAACCUGGGGUCGAAUCCAUGUCUAAGCUAUAAAUCCUGAUAAUUGUGUGCGGUGAGGCCCAGCCUUCCUCAGCACAAAUAUCUUGCAAAGACAUGCCAUGGCAAGUGCCUUAGACAAAGCAGCAUUCCUAGUAGAGUGGGUCUUAACUUCUAGGGGCGAAGGCAACCCACGCAUCCCAUAGACUAGAGCAGGGAUGGGCAAACUCGGUCCUGGAGGGCCACUAUCCCGCAGAGCUAAGCUCCAACCAUAAUCAAAAACACCUGAACCAGCUAAUCAAUGUCUUCAGGAUUACUAGAAGGCUACAGGCAAGUGAGCUUUGUCAGGGUUGGAGCUAAACUUUGCAGGACAGUGGAGUUUGCCCAACCCUGGGCUAGAGUAAUCACACCCUUGAUCCAAUGCGACAUGCGAUGCUUUGUGGCCGCAGAACCUGCAGCCACCAAAGGUUUCUCAGAUGCUGACACCAAGGGUUCAAAUGGAACACUUAAUAGGACUAUAGAAAGAUCCAAGGAAGGAAUUAUUAAUGGGCAGAUAGGCCUCAUCUGUCUGGGUCCACGUGAGAAGCAAGAUAUUAGGGAAUUCCUUCCUAAUGACAUGCCAUCAAUCAACAUGUGUCCUGUGGCAAUGGCUGCUGCAUACACCUUAAGUGUUGCAGGGGCCAGCACUGCCAAAAGCCGCUCUUGAAGAAAUUUUCCAGCAACGGGCCAACUGGGCAGUGGACUGGAUACAAAUGACACUGUUCGCACCACGCUGCUAAGAGCUGCCUACUUGUAGAGGGAGCUUUAGCAUUCAAGAUGACCUCAACAACCUCGGUUGAGAGACCGGCAUCUACGAGUGGGUCCCCCUCUGGAGCUAUCCCCACAGUUUCCAUAUCUCAGGUCAGGGGUGCUGUAUUGAGCCCUACACCUGAGACAGAAGGUCACUCCUGGUAAGAAUCUCCCAAGGAGAGCCCUCCUAGAGCUACUAGUCCAAGAACCAUACUUGGGCUGGCCAAAAUGGAUUACAUGAUCUAAUCCAAUUUAAGAAUCCUUUUUUUAACAACCAAUUUUAAAGAUUUGAUCUAAUCCGAUAGCCGAAAUUUGAUCAGAUUAUUUUUGAACAACCGGGACUCGCAGCCUGGGCCCUUUAGGCUACGUUCACACAGUUAGUCCAAAUCUGUGUAUCUGAUUGGAAUCUGAUCUAAAAAUAUUGACGUCCACAAUGUGUAUCUUAACUGUUCAGAUCCGAUUUGUGUCCCCGAUGCUGCUCUUUCGUUUUCUGGAAUAUCUGCAUUGGUUUCUAUGGCAAUGAUGUUGUGUUGGUAGGCAUAUGCCAAAAACAACAACAACAUGGAGGGGUUUGCAAUACAGAUGUCUUACUUGUUUACUCUGUUGUAGUUAAAAAGGGAUGAUGUUACUUUUGUGAGUUCUCAGUUUGAAGGGUGAAAAAAGAGGAAAUUCUUUAAGUCAGUUUGUUAAUUUUACAUCAGCUCAUUUAUUUACUUGCCUCUUUUCACAGUAAUACUUUAAAGUUUUAAGGCUUUAGAGAUUAAAGUGUUUUUUACAUUUCAAAGAGGUAGAAAAGCUUGAAACUAAGCUAAUAAAAUGUUCACUUUAGAUCUUUAAUUUGAGGAACAGAAUGUUUAUUUACAGCUAAUUUGAUUGCAUUUAAUAAUGCUUGAUAGGGGCCCUGCAAGAGUUUAAGUCCAGAAAACUAAUUUGCGUAUUUUUUAUGUUUUCUUAGAUGUUGUCUUAUGUUCCACUCAAAACUAGGGGUCUAAGAGAGAAAAUCAAUUUUCAUUUUUUGUAAAAAUGAAAAAGCACAAUGUUUUCUUCUCCAAGAAGCUAAUUCUUUUCCCUUGGAUGAAAAAUUCUGGUCAAACCAGUGAGGAGAUAAAAUACUUUUCUCCCAUGGUACUAAUAGGUCAGUAGGCAUUGCUAUACAUUUAAACAAAUUUCCCUGGUAAGAUUUUAACCACUGUUAGGGAUACUUGUGGUCAUUGGACAAUCUGUGUUUUUGAAAUAGAUGAUUUUUUUAUUUUUAUUGUGGGAAAUUUAUAUGGAUAUAACAACCAUAACCAAAACAAAAUCUUGAUUGCUGAUGUUACAAAAGUUGUAAAGGAUUUGUCAAAAGUAUCCUACUUUUCGGAGGUGAUUUUAAUAUGGUGAAAGAGAAAUGACUUGAUAGAUCUCCUUUAAAAUAUCAGAGAUAUCAGUAACACUUUACAAUAAGGUUCAUUAGUUAAACAUUUGUUAAUUGUUAAUGCUUCACCUGGCUUAAACCUGAUGGUUCAUUCAAAUCUAGAAUAGUUUUAUGGUUAGUCUCUGAAUUUAGACCUUCUGCUUUAACUCACCACUGUAGGGUUAAACUUAAAAAAUGUAUGUGAAGCAGAUAUCAGUAUGGAUGAAGUGGGAAAAGCCAUGAAAUGUUCCUCAUUAGACAAAUCACCAGGUUCAGAUGGAUGAAUGAGUAACUUCUAAAGGCAUUUUUGGGAGCAUCUUAAAGACCUUAUUUUUCAGAUGUUAAAAGAAAUAUCUGAAUCCCACACUAUUGCAACUACUAUGAAGCAAGGGAUCAUCACUCUCAUCCCCAAACCUGGAAAAGAUCCUAAAUUAAUAGACUAUCUUAGACCCAUAACCCUGCUUAAUAACGACUAUAACUCAUAUUUAUGCCAACAGAUAAAAAACUAAAUUACACAGAUUAGGUUUGUAAAAGGGUGCUCAAAUUCACAAUAACGUACAACUUGUGCUUUACAUACUGAAUUAUGAGUAUUUAAUAAAAGAUGAAGCUUUUAUUUGAUUUUUAGAUUUGUUUAAAGCUUUUGACACAAUUGAACACAAAUGUAUGUUUCGUACUUGAAUGAUUUGGAUUAGGAGAAAAAUUGAUUGAUCUAGUCAAAUUAAUUUAAGGACACUAAUAGCACAGUUCUAUUAGCACAGGGUACAUCUCCAAGAUUUUUUUAAUUGAUAAAGGAAUCAAACAAGGUUGUCCCAUCUCUCCCCAGCUCUUUUUUGUCGCAGCCAAAAUGCUCAUUCUUAUAAAAAAAUAUGAUUUUGAAAAAUUAACAGUGUUAGGCAAACAGCUCAUCAGCCAAUUGGCUAAUGACACAACCAUAAUCCUGAAAAACAUUAACCAAGUCCCAAAAAUUCUCCAAACUAUGGAGCUUUUCUCUAGGGCAGGGGUGUCCAACCCUGCUCCUAGAGAGCUACCAUCCUGCAGACUUCAGUUCCAGCCCUGCUCCAACACACCUGUCUGUAAUUAUCAAGCAGCCCUGAACACCUUGAUUAGCUGGUUCAGGUGUGUUUAAUUGGGGUUUGAGCUAAAAUCUGUAGGGCAGUAGCUCUCCAGGAGCAGGGUUGGACACCCCUGCUCUAGGGCAUCUGGUAUAAAAUUAAAUCUUAAAAAAUGUGAAUUACUACUGGUUCAUAACUGUACUGUCUACUUUUUACAAUAUUCCUGUAAAGAUACUGUUAUAUACCUAGCUAUACACAUUACAAAGGAUAAUACUUCACUUAAUCAUCUCAUAGUCAAAAUCGUUUAUAGUUUCAUAUUCCCAACCUAAUUUGUAUGAAAUAAGGAGGCAUCAAUUUCCUCUUCAGAUGUAAUUAUGACCUUAAAAACUCUGUUAUCAGUGUUUCACUAGCAGGUUUUACUUUAUUAGAAAAUGAUGAUGACUAUAAGCACAACUUCAGGCUCCAUAACGUCCCUUUGUGGAACUGUAGAUGUGUGGUAUUUCAGAAUAAAUUUCUAUUCUACAAAAACUGGUGGGAAAAAGGAAUAUGGUCUGAGAUGCACGUAUUAGAUAAUACUGGAGUUAUGUCUUUUGAGACUUUCUGUUCAAAAUUUAAUUUACUUGACAAAAAACAGUAUAACAACUUCUCUCAAAUUAACGUAACCUUUUCUUCCUAAGCUUUUGAUGAAUGGAAUUGCUCUUACUAACCAAAAUUUACCCAAUACAACAAUCCAGAAAAAGAAUUAUAUAUUUUUAUUUAAUUAAAUUUUUCAAUAAUUUUCCAGUUUAGAUUUUAAGAAGAAAAUAUUUUAAAUUCCCAGUUGUACCAGAAGCAAAGGAAGUCCACUUUAAAAGUCUUAAUGGAGUAUAUCCUUCCAGAGGAUUUUUAUGUUGAUUUGGUCUGGAAAUUAACAAUUGCUCUUUUUGUGUUGAUCAGAUUUGUUAACAUUAGUUAAAUCAAUGUGAAGUAAUGAAAUGGGAAUAUAUGACUAACAAUAAAGAGCUGUAUUUUUAUUAACUAACAUUAACAAAGAUUAAUAAAUACUGUAACAAAUGUAUUGCUCAUGUUCAUGUCAGUUAAUACAUUAAUGUUAAAUCAGAAAAUGUAAUAUUUGGUACUUUUAAAAAAGAUGAAACACAUGACUUAGCAAUAAACAAUCACUAUAAUUGGAAAAUUCUUUUUACAUAGGAAUAGAUUCCUGAAAACACUUCCAAGUUUUUUCAUAUUUCACAAGGAACUGUCAUUACUACUUUUUGCUAAAAUUAAUGAACAAAACAAAUGCCUUGAACUUCUGUAAUUUGAUAAGACGGUCUUAAACUUGCAAAAAACCCCUAGUCAUUUUUUUUUUUUUUAUACUUAUUUUACCUUUUUUGUCCUUUUUAUGAAGCUUGUCUGUUGUCUGGUGAAGAAAUUUUCUAUUUUUACUAGGCAAUUUAUGGUUGUUAGGUUUACAUUGUUCAAUAAAGUUCUUGGGAAAUGUAUUUUUGAAGAAAUGUAUAAUAAGCAAGAUGCCCUGUUGAAACAUGUGAGAUGUAUGGUUUAUUUAAACUGCAAAGGCAAAGCAUAAAUUAAAAUGAUUGUGACAGAUGUGAAGGGGAAGGAGAAUAUAUCCAUGCUCAGGUUUUUCGACAAGAAAAACUUCCACAUAGGAUACACCUUUUCAUCCUCACUCCUCAUGGUGCAAUUAGAGAUGUUCCGGGUCACAGGCUGGAGGACAGAGGAACGAGGAAGCACCCAUUUGAGUGUUGAGAAGCACCGAGGUAUUUCAGGGAGUUCCGAAACAGUGACACUGAUAUAGAGAAUAACUCUCGCUGGAGGAACUUUGCAGAACUUUUUCAUGCUCAAAAAGCAUAAUAGACCUUUAAUGUGUAAACUUUUCAAUGCAUGUUAUCACUAAAUGGGCCAAUUGUCUGUUAACAUGUAAUAAGUGAUUUUUUUUUUUUUUAAAUGCACUUGAUAAAUUAAGUUGCUUUUGAUAUUUAUAUCUCAAUAGAACAAUUUCAUAUUUUUCUAGAUCAUAAACUCAUGAAUUCAGGCAGACUCCCCAUCCUCCUCCAGCUUUAUUGACAGUUUAAAAUUACAUAUCUAUGUUCUAGGACUUAAGUUGCAAUUUCCUCCGACUUAAAAACUGAAUACAAGCACUGAUAUUCUUACAGUAGUCCAAGUGAUAUUGUACAAAAAUAUCUGAUUUCUGUGAAAACAUUCUUUUUGCAAAUUGUUGCUAAUUCCACGUCUCUCUAUUGUUCUGGAUAAUUUAAGGUAGAAAGGACUAAAAUUACUCUGCAACUUCCAGCAUUAACAAGCAUCGGUUGAUGAACCUGCAAACAUGACUUUAGAAAAUGCCAAACAAAAUAAAAAUGCCAAAAAAAAAAAAAAGAAAAAGAAAA